UCAGCCAAAGACGCGCCCUUGUAUGGAGCGCCCAAGACGACAAAGAAGCAAAAGUCGUCGCGUGAGAUCAAUUCCUCAAACACCCUCGCCUUCACUUCGCAGCUGGAGACCCUGAUCAACGCCCGCCCAAGUUCCGCCGCAAACAAUUCCCGUCAGACCACCUCGCGGUCGCGUCCAAAAAAAGAAGACAUCUUUGCCGCUCACAAUCGCAACGUCAAGAAGCGAGCUGCAAGAGACCUCGAAGAUGACUCUCCAGCCUUCGAUCAGAAACACAGCACCUCUUCCGAAGCCCUAGAUUCCUCGGCAUGGCACCGCUCAAAGCGGAAGAUGGAAGAGAAGGCUCGACUGUAUGCCGCAAUGAAGCGAGGCGACGUCGGCGACGAGAACGACACUCAUCUGGUAGAUUUUGAUCGCAAGUGGGCCGACCAACAGAACAAACAAGCCUCCGACCAGUCCUCUUCCGACGACGACUCAGACAGCGACAAGGAGGUGGUUGAGUGGGAGGACGAGUUUGGCCGUACGCGGACAGGCACCGCUGCUCAACGUGCCCGUGAACAGCGACUCGCUCAACUUGGCUCAGAAGCCGCUUUGCGCUCACGACCAGACAUGCCCACCAAUCUCAUUGUCGGCGACACAGUACAGGUCGCUGCCUUCAAUCCAGACGAACCUGUCGCCCAACAGAUGGCAGAUCUGGCCGCCAAGCGCGACAGGUCACUCACCCCACCACCCAAUACCCACUUCGAUGCUUCCAAGGAGAUUCGACAGAAGGGUGUUGGCUUCAUGCAAUUCAGUCUUGAUGACCAGGAGCGCAAGAGACAGUUUGAGAAUUUGGACAUGGAAAGAGCAGAGACGGAAAGAGUCCGUGCCGAGCGUGAGAAGAGGCUUCAAGAUCGCAAAGAAGAGGUUGAAAGACGCAGGAAUGCCAUCAGAGAGAAGCGAGGCCUGAGGGAAGCGGAUGAUUUCCUGAGCGGUCUGGGUCAGGAGCUGGGAGCAGGACCGGACAAGGAAAGCAACGCU